AUGCCAGUAACAGAAUUUCAAGAACGGGUCUAUGCUCAUCUCCUUGUUAUACCAUCCGGCAAAGUGACGACAUACGGCAACCUCGCACGUGCGUUGAAUUCCUCGCCUCGUGCUGUGGGAGGCGCACUGCGCUGCAAUCCGUUCGCUCCAGAGGUCCCUUGUCAUCGAGUGAUAGCGAGUGACGGCUUCGUGGGAGGCUUCAAAGGGGACUGGGAAAAGGCGCCUUCGGGGAUCAAUCAGAGCAUGAAACUUGACCUUCUCAAGGAAGAGGGUGUGAACUUCACUCCUGAAGGAAGGCUAAUUGUGAAGAAUGACGUCUGGUUUGAUGGGCCAUGGGAUGUGAAGCAGACUAAAACGGCAUUAAACACUGUGAAAGCGAAGGAGAAAGCGAAAAAAUGA